CAAGGGAUGCGACAUCCGCUUGCGUGUCUUCCUUUUGCCAACAACCGCUGCCGGGCGCGUCGACAACUGCUGCUUGCUCCUAUUUCCCCCUGGGAUUCUUUUCUGUUUUCUACGACUCCGAGGUAAGUGACGGAAAAGAAAAAAGGAUCUUUGCGCAGUGCCACCAGCAAAGACAAACGACGACCAACGCAACUCGAUCCAAUAACAACAACAUACGGGGGAUCUCCAGACAUUUUUUUUGAAUAUUCUUCAUCACCAGAAUUUCCUCUGCCCAGCCUCGUAUCUUCGCGUUUGCCACGCCGCCGACCGCAUCUUGUGCCCCCCAGACCGACUCUUUGGUGUCUCCACCUGCUUGCAUUUCGACAGACGUAGCGAGAAAAAAUAACACCCUGCAGCCCAACCACCCGAGAAUAUCGACAGUCCACAUGGCUUGGUGCUAAAUGCCACAAUAGACGGGUUUCUACCAAGUCCAAAAACCGUUGUUGGCUCAAGAACCCAUUGGCGACAACAUCAUGGCUGAACCACCAUCGUCCCCCCCGCCGGCCAGCGCUAGCGCGGAGGACUCUCUGUCCUGGUACAAAUCCCAGUAUGAGCAGCUCGAGUCGGAACUAGCAGAGUUCCGUGACUCUAGCAGAGAGCUGGAAAAAGAACUCGAAAAGGAUAUCGAACGCGCCGAGAAGCAGGAGCGAAUUCUCAAGGACAAGGCCGAAACAUUGGGCUUCCAAGCAGAGGAAUGGAAGCGAAAGUACAAGGAAGCAAAAGCAGAGGCUUCCAGUGCGCAGAGCAACUUGGAAAAGGAAAUCACAACAUUGCGGGAUACGAAUCGCACACUACAGCUCAAACUCCGCGACUCGGAGGUGGCCAAUGAUGACUUUGAACGACAGGCACGCAACACAACAUCAUCUCUAGAGGACAUGGAAUCCAAGUACAACCAAGCAAUUGAGCGAUCUGUCAUUAUGGAGGGCGAGAUCAAGGCCGGCGAACAAGAGCGUGAGACCUUGCGCAUUGAAUCGCAGCGUCUGCGUGACGAGCUGGCCGAUCUCAAGAUUGAAGCCGAGCUUAUGCAGGAUCGCAUCAAGAAGCAGGAGGCCCGCCACCUCUCCGUUAUCUCUACAGAUAUGUCUAUUAUGAGCUCGCCUACGUUUGACCGCCACAUGGAUGGCUCCCCGGGCUCGACGGCAAGCUCGCCGCUUGUCACAACACCCCCCGAAGCCAAGUCGGUCACCUCGACGGCCACCACAGACAUGUCGGGAUCGGAACUCACUGACCCGCCUUCGCCGCCAAUGUCCGACGCCUCAAGCUCGCGACCUAGACAGACACCUGCCCGUCUUCCCGGCGUAUCAACGCUUCGCCGCAAGACCCGUCUACCGUCGUUGGACGGAAGCGCAAACUUGCCUGGCCGCCAGAGCCUGACUGCCGCCGCUACACCCAAACCACGACCUAGGGCACCAACAACAACAGCUAGAAUGCCGGGAGCGCGCGACUCUGGCGCAGGCUUCCAAAGAACGCCUGCUGCUAGCCGCAGCACAGCCAACCUGCGAUCAGCGGCAUCAUCAUCGACUGCCCCCAAGCCCAGACUGCCGUCAUCCAACUCGCUGUCACACAUUCGCAACCUCACCGCGCAGAUGCAGCGCCUCGAGGCUCGUGUGCAGUCUGUUCGAUCAAGGCUUCCUGGCCCUACUUCCACACCUCCUCGCGCGUCUCCUCGAUCCAGCGCAAAGGACGGCACAAUGCCUUCGUCCGUUACGAUUAGAGCGCGCAAGCGCACGACUGGCUCAUCAACAACGUCCUCGACCAGAGGAGACGACACCACGCCAACAAACCACUCGACAACAGGUCACAAGAGCGGCCACGUACCGCGCCUGAGCACAUCUGGCGUCAGCCGUCUCUCGUUUGGGCCCGGGCCGCUCCCCAACCGCAACCCGGACGCAGACUCUAGCCGGCCCAGCUCGCGGGCUAGCAUGUCCGGCUACACCCGACCGGCAUCACGAACCGAAAUGGUACCGCCACCCCGACCCAUGUCCCGAUCAUCCAUCUCGGGAGCUCGGACACCCCUCGGCCGCCCGCGCUCCUCCAUGUCUUUGCAUGGACACAGCGCCUCGGUCGGAUACAUUGAUGUUGGAAUUGAAGAAGAGCAUGAAGGCCAGUUCCGCACACCCAGCCGCCGCGGAACAUACUCCAAGCUAGAGCUUGAAGGGCUGACGAGCGCCAUCCCCAUGCCGACAAGCGCCAUCCCGACACCCGGUGGCCGCAGACAGAGCGCAAGCGGCGCAGCAGGCCGUCGGACAAGCACGGGCAUCCCCAGCAGACCUGGCACGUCAAACGGACGUGCUCUAGGCGAUCUGGGCGAGACGUAUUAAAACAGCUUGAGCGGAGAGAGAGGACCUUGUACACCAAUGCGACGACUUUUCUUGUUUCUUGUUUCUUCUUCCGUUUUUCUUCCCACGGCGCAACGACAAUGAUAGAUGGAUGGAUGGAUACCCGGUCACACUUCUUUUUUUUAUAUUAUACAUCUUGCAUGGCCGUUUCUUUUUUUUUUUUACAUGGGCCACUUUGAGGCUUCUCCGAGAGAGGCGAGAUGGGAGACUGAGCUGCUACGGCUACAACUGCUGCUGUGGCAGCACGCUCUCCCACUGUGUAUUGAUUCUUUUGGCAGAGGUUGCGCGAAAAUUCAGGCUUACGAUUUUGUCAUGUUACAAUGGCCUCUGCUAUUACUACAACUACUACUUAUUAUAUCUUUAACUUGAUGAAUGGAAUUUGCUGCUAUUGCUGGUGCAUCUUGCAGAACCUAGUUUGGAUCAGCAAGCUAGCAAGCGACAGCAGUAGCAGAACUGGUAACGGAUUGUUGCUUCUUUUUUUAUGAUGAUAUGGGAGGAUAUGGGUAGCAUUGAAAUUUAAUUUACAAUUCUUUUUUAUUACCAUGUUUGCAGCUUAAUUGGCGUUGUGUGAGAUGUGGAGGGGCUCUUGUUCUACCAGCCGAGGAUGGAUCUACAUCGUUCUACGGAUGGCUGGCCCAUUGACCAACUAGGCUAUUAGCUGAAAAAGGGAAUGAUGGAUAAGUCAGCAAGAAUGCAAUGCAGUGCAUGGAGACGGCGGCGGCUGCUGCUACUGCUGCUACACAUGUAAGCCGGGAGAAUCGGCCAUGUGGCUGACAUGACAAUGGCCGUAAAGAGUAAGCGUUGGAACGGGCUCCCGGUGAGAGUAAACGCUUCGGGGGCUUUCUGGAACAUGUCGUUAGCCCGGGGGAAGCCACGCGCUCGCUGGAUAAGGCAGGCCAUGCAGGACGGUAGCUAGACAGGGCUGCUCUGGAUAUAUGCACCGGAAUACGGGAUUGCAAGCUGUGUUGGUUGGGUUUGGGUAGAAGGCAACACUGACGACGUCUUUGUCUGGAAAAGCUGCGGGAUAUAUAGCAUUUAUGACGACUUUGCUAUUGCGCUGUGUUUUCCACUUGGUCGUGAUGGCAUAUCAACCGCUAGCAGGUGAUUCUUUCAUUGUUCGUUCGCUGUAGGUUGUUGUUGGAGGUUCGCUGCGGGUGCGCCGCCCGCUCGCGUGUGCGGAUAUCAUUGCGGAAAUGGGCCCCUGUUUCCCGGCCACAUGGCAGCAACAGCAACAAAGCAGCAGCAGCAAGACCGUAAAAUAGAAAGCGGGGAAUGGUUGGAGCAGUGCUUAUUACUACUAAUCCUCAGCAUUAGCAGCAGCAUUAGCAGCAGUAGCCAAUAAAAACGGUGGCAGCUGUGGCGGGACAAGGGCGAGCGAAUUUAAGGUGAGUAGGUAAGCUGAUGGUGCGUGGGCAGCUAGCUUCACUAGGCACGAGAAGAGCGAGGCCACGAGGUAUGGAUUUCACCUGCGGGGAGCAGACCAAAAGGAAGACGAGGAAGGCCAGUCCAGUAAUAAUAGUUCAAAGUAGUAAUAAUGCGAGCGCAGUCAGCUUGGGGCGUGGGGGAUCAAGCGCCCUUUCUUCAUGGGAGAGUGAGAGGCAUGGGAGAGAGAGACCUGGACUCAAGCCUAGCAGGCAGUUAACGCUUAAGUGGAAGGAGUAGAAACGAAAACAAGAAGAGGUAAUUAGCGGAUGUCCAUGUUGCCCUAGCUUCAUCUCAUCGCCCAGAGCACACUGGUCCGGCGAUGGUGGUUUUCUUUUGCUGCAAGAGGAUCGAUGUUGG